CAGCCAGCCAGCCAGCCGCUGUCACAAAGGCAUCCGAGCGUGUUCACAUGCGUCUCUCGCCCCGCCGGGUCUCCUGCCGCACGCCGCAGAGGCUUUAAAAGAGACGCUCCCCUCCGCCCGCACACGGAGUGGCGUAAGAUCUCGCGAGAGCUCCGGCGUUCGCUGUGGCUGGCCGUGGCUUUGCAGCAGACAGAGGGAGAAGGCAGGCAGGCAGCAUCAUGGCGGACAGAGACAGUGGAAGUGAGCAGGGAGGAGCAGCCACGGGCCCAGGCUUCGGUCCCAUGCACCUAGCGACAGGAGGGGCGGGCUCGGCUUCCGGGCUCCAGCACGAGACUCAGGAGCUGGCGUCGAAGCGGGUUGACAUCCAAAACAAACGCUUCUAUUUGGACGUUAAGCAGAACGCGAAGGGCCGCUUCUUAAAGAUAGCAGAAGUCGGGGCCGGUGGAAACAAGAGCCGCCUCACUCUCUCCAUGUCCGUGGCGGUCGAGUUCCGUGACUACUUGGGAGACUUCAUCGAACAUUAUGCCCAGCUGGGUCCGUCCAACCCGGGACUGGUACAAGACGAGCCGCGGCGAGCGCUGAAGAGCGAGUUCUUGGUCCGGGAAAAUCGGAAAUACUAUAUGGAUCUGAAAGAGAACCAGAGGGGACGGUUUCUGAGGAUUCGACAGACCGUUAACCGGGGGCCCGGUUUGGGAUCCACGCAAGGCCAGACGAUCGCUCUGCCUGCCCAGGGACUUAUUGAGUUUCGUGACGCUUUGGCUAAACUUAUUGACGAUUACGGUGUAGAGGACGAACCUGCAGAGUUGCCCGAAGGGUCAUCAUUGACUGUGGACAACAAGCGGUUUUUCUUCGACGUCGGAUCCAAUAAGUAUGGUGUGUUCAUGAGGGUAAGCGAGGUGAAGCCAACGUACCGCAACUCAAUCACGGUGCCCUACAAAGUGUGGUCCAAAUUUGGGAAUACUUUCAGUAAAUACGCCGAGGAGAUGAAGAAGAUCCAGGAGAAGCAGCGGGAGAAAAGGGCAUGCGAGCUGCAGCAACAAGAGGAGAUGCAGGCGGACGAUGGAGACGAGGAUUGAUAUAGAGUGCAAAAGAAAAAGAAAAAAGAAAGAUGCAAAAGUAAUGAAAAUAACAAGAGAAAUAUAAUUAAAAACUCUACUGUAUAAAGAAAGAAAUCUAAAGAUUUAACUGUAAUGGUUUAACUCCAAGGGAGCAUCACCCACAAUAUAAGAAACCUCCACAACCUGACAGUUAUGACAUGUUGUCACUCAUCGCUGGAUGUUACCCCACUUAUCCACCAUUAAUACAGUAACAGGCUGCUAAACAAAGUAAUAACAUUAUAUUUGAACAUUGUUUCCUACUUGACAAACAAUAUUGAACUGAGUGUUUCUUUCCCUUAUUAACAGAAAAAAAAACUUUUGUACCAGUUAAAGCUAUUGUAAAAAAAAAAGAAAAAAAAAGUGUUUGCAAUGUUCAAAUGGGAUUAUUGCCGAGUUCCGAGGGGGGGAAAAAAAAAAGCGUUUCCUUUUCAUGUGAGCUAAUGACUUCAGCACAAA